GUUCUUAAAACCCGGCCAUUUUACGGGCCAUCUAGUCUCCUAGUCAACCCCAUGUCCAUGUGUGCUACUCGCGUACUGCUGAAGGCUCGAUUGCUAAAGCAUAAUCUAAUCGAAAUACCUUUUUCUUUUUUUCUUUUUUUAAUCGAAAUACAUUUCCAAUUGGCCAUCCACCAUUUUCUCAAUUCAACUCCCCACCUGCUGCCAAAAACACUACUAGUACAACAGACUACAAACGCGACUUCCACAAGCCACCAUCUCCUCUCUCUCUCUCUCUCUCUCUCUCUCUCUCUACCCAUGUCUAGAGAGAGAACCUAGACAGUCACAGAGCCUAAAACAGAAAUGGGUUGUGGGAACAUCUUCUUCACCCUGGUCAUAACCCUGUCAGCAGCCCUAAUCACCUACAACGUAAUCAUCUCAGCAAACGCCCCUCUCAAAUCCGAAUUCCCCGGCCCAUCAAAAACCAACCCAUCAAUCGCAACACCUGACGGCGAUGGUGGGUUCAUAUCAGUUGACCCCAUCAUCAAAAUGCCGUUGGACAGAUCCAAGAAGAGGCUGUUUCAUACAGCAGUAACGUCCUCUGAUUCUGUGUACAAUACGUGGCAGGCUAGGGUCAUGUACUACUGGUUCAAGAGGUUUAGGGAUCAACCCGGUUCGGAAAUGGGUGGGUUCACCAGGAUCUUGCACUCUGGGAGGCCUGACCGGUUCAUGGAUGAGAUCCCAACUUUUAUUGCUCAGCCUCUGCCUGAUGGAAUGGAUCAGGGUUACAUAGUUCUCAAUAGACCUUGGGCAUUUGUACAAUGGCUUCAGCAGGCGGACAUCAAAGAAGAAUAUAUUUUGAUGGCGGAGCCAGAUCACCUUAUAGUUAAGCCCAUACCAAACCUAUCCAGGGAUGGCCUUGGAGUUGCAUUCCCUUUCUUUUAUAUUGAACCAAAGAAGUAUGAGACUGUUCUUCGAAAGUUUUUUCCAGAGGACAAGGGACCAAUUGCCAACAUUGAUCCAAUUGGAAAUUCGCCUGUCAUUGUUGGAAAGGAAGCUCUUAAAAAGAUAGCUCCCACUUGGAUGAAUGUUUCCUUGGCAAUGAAAAAGGACCCUGAAGCUGAUAAAAGUUUUGGUUGGGUCCUUGAGAUGUAUGCUUACGCUGUUGCGUCUGCUCUACAUGGAGUGGGUAAUAUCUUGUACAAGGACUUCAUGAUUCAGCCUCCUUGGGAUACAGAAAUCGGGAACAAAUUCAUCAUUCAUUACACAUAUGGAUGUGACUAUGAUCUGAAGGGUAAAUUGACCUAUGGAAAGAUUGGAGAAUGGAGAUUUGACAAAAGAUCCUUUGAUGCUGUCUGGCCUCCAAGAAACCUUCCAAUGCCUCCACCUGGUGUUCCAGAAAGUGUGGUAACUCUGGUGAAAAUGGUGAAUGAAGCCACUGCAAAUAUUCCCAAUUGGGGUUCUUAAAAAACAGAUACUGGGUGGGUUCUUGUAUGCAGUCUUUAUGUAAGGGAUGUGAAAUUAUACUGCAACUGGCGCCGUAGAUGAAAGCAUCUACUGUGAAUUUUGUGCUUCUGGAUUGGCCAAGACAGCCAUUAUGGGGUGGAUUUCUGAAACUUGCUGUAAGAUUGGCCCUUUCCAUUUUUGAUGUCUUUCUUGGAUUGUAAUCAUACAAAAACAGGUAUGUGGUGCUUUACCGCAAAAGAGUACAGAUAGGCACGUACGAUUCUGUGAGCAUAAGUGUACACUAGCAUAUGCAACGGACAUUGUCGAUCUGGGAUUUCAUAUGUCAAAGAACAUAAUAGUGUACUUUGUUUAUUGUUC